AUGACCUCAGGUUAUCCUCAACAAAAGAGCUUGAGAGAUGCCGACUUUGCAUUGAGUUCAAAUAAGCGAGAAGAACAUUUGGUUAAACUAUUUGGCAGAUUCUCCACCACUGCGCCACCAGGGAAGCCCCGUGACAGCAGAUUUGAACAGGCAGAAUUAAGGAUCCCUAACUUUGACCUGGGACACUUGAAAUUAUCCAGCCUGAGGAGCAGAAAGAAAAAAAAUGAAAUGAAUAAACAGAGCAUGAGGGCCUCAUUUAUUCCAUCAGGAGCCAAUGUUGAUGGGAAUUCUGAAUCAGAAUUUUUCCUUGGCAGCAUGGACAGAAUUUCCAAUAAUGGUCACAUUGCAGAGGAGAAGAGGGAUAAAGAAUCCUCUCUCUUCGACAGGGAUGUAAGUGAUGAGCAGUUAACAACCGUAAAUAAAGGAACACUUCAAGAAGCAAUCAGUCCAGAUGUUCCAAGCAGGAGUAUGCCACGCGCGCAGCUUCUGCACUUUCUGCAGAGGGACAUCAGCAUCGCCGCUGUCUCGGUGGCAGGAAUCUUCACGGCCACGGUGUUGCUGCUGCUGGCGUUGGUCACGGACAUCAGGAAGAAACAGCCUUUAUCUCCUCCAGCAAACAUGGCGUACAAUAUUUUUAUAAUGAAUGGAAAGACUUGGUGGCAAAAGUCUCAAGAAAAGAAGACCAGAAAACAUGCAGGAAAACAGGAACAGGUGAAGUUACAUGCCAGUGUCUAA